GGUUGGCGGCGCCCUAGAGUUCCCUACCGGAAGGGCUCCAAGCCAGGGCCAUGUCGGCCCAGGGCGACUGUGAGUUUCUGGUGCAGCGAGCCCGGGAGCUAGUGCCCCAGGACCUGUGGGCAGCCAAGGCGUGGCUGAUCACGGCCCGCAGCCUCUACCCGGCCGACUUCAACAUUCAGUAUGAGAUGUACACCAUCGAGCGGAAUGCAGAGAGGACUGCCACCGCAGGGAGGCUGCUGUAUGACAUGUUUGUGAAUUUCCCAGACCAGCCAGUGGUGUGGAGGGAAAUCAGUAUCAUAACAUCAGCAUUGAGGAAUGACUCGCAAGAUAAGCAAACCCAGUUUUUAAGGAGUUUAUUUGAAACCCUUCCGGGUCGGGUCCAGUGCGAGAUGUUACUAAAGGUGACAGAGCAGUGCUUCAACACGCUGGAACGGUCAGAGAUGUUGCUGCUGCUGCUGAGGCGUUUCCCUGAGACGGUGGUACAACACGGGGUUGGUCUCGGGGAGGCACUGCUGGAAGCUGAGACCAUUGAAGAACAAGAAUCUCCUGUUAACUGCUUUAGAAAGCUAUUUGUUUGCGAUGUCCUUCCUCUGAUCAUCAACAACCACGAUGUUCGCUUGCCUGCCAACCUGUUAUAUAAAUACUUGAACAAAGCAGCUGAAUUUUACAUCAACUAUGUCACUCGGUCCACGCAGUUGGAAAAUCAGCAUCAAGGCUCACAAGAUCCAUCUGAUUUAAUGUCGCCUAGCAAACGUAGCUCUCAGAAGUACAUAAUAGAAGGCCUGACUGAGAAAUCGUCCCACAUCGUAGACCCCUGGGAGAGGCUGUUUAAGAUUCUGAAUGUUGUCGGGAUGAGAUGCGAGUGGCAAAUGGAUAAAGGGAGACGAAGCUGCAGUGACAUGCUGCACCGCAUGAAGGAACUCUGCAGAUACAUGAACAGCUUCGACAGCGAGGCUCACACCAACUAUAAAAACCAAGUGCUCUAUUCCACGAUGCUGGUGUUCUUCAAGAGUGCGUUCCAGUACGUCAGCAGCAUACAGCCGUCUCUCUUCCAAGGUCCUAAUGCCCCAAGCCAGGUUCCACUAGUUCUUCUGGAGGAUGCAGCCAAUGUGUAUGGUGAUGUAGAAACGGAUCGCAGUAAACACAUACACAAGAAGAGGAAGCUAGCUGAGGGAAGAGAGAAAGCCAUGAGUUCAGAUGACGAAGAGUGUUCAGCCAAAGGCAGAAAUCGGCACAUUGUUGUCAAUAAAGCUGAACUCAGCAACUCUAUCGAAGUCCUGGAGAGCUUCAAGCUGGCCAGGGAGAGCUGGGAGUUACUCUACUCUCUGGAAUUCCUUGACAAAGAAUUUACAAGAAUUUGUUUGGCUUGGAAGACGGACACCUGGCUGUGGCUAAGAAUCUUCCUCACAGAUAUGAUCAUCUACCAGGGUCAAUAUAAGAAGGCCAUAGCCAGUCUGCACCACUUAGCAGCUCUCCAAGGAUCCCUUUCUCAGCCACAAAUCACAGGACAGGGGACUUUAGAACACCAGAGGGCUCUCAUCCAGCUGGCAACGUGUCACUUUGCUCUGGGGGAGUACAGAAUGACAUGCGAGAAAGUCCUGGAUCUGAUGUGCUACAUGGUGCUCCCCAUACAAGAUGGAGGGAAGUCACAGGAAGAGCCGUCCAAAGUAAAGCCCAAGUGUAGAAAAGGUUUGGAUCUGAAGCUUCUGCCCUGUACCAGUAAGGCUAUUAUGCCGUACUGCCUGCACUUGAUGCUAGCCUGCUUUAAGCUGAGGGCUUUCACAGACAACAGAGACGACAUGGCGCUGGGCCAUGUGAUUGUACUGCUCCAACAGGAAUGGCCACGGGGAGAGAACCUUUUCCUGAAAGCCAUCAGUAAGAUUUGUCAGCAAGGAAAUUUCCAGUAUGAGAACUUCUUCAGCUACGUUACAAACAUUGAUAUGCUGGAGGAAUUUGCUUAUUUAAGAACCCAGGAAGGAGGGAAGAUUCAUCUGGAAUUACUACCAAAUCAAGGAAUGCUCAUCAACCAUUGCAGACCUUUUGGGUGGUCCCUCCAGAUGAGUGGCAGAGAUGUUGUGAGCAGUGUACCUCUCCUCCCCUUGGGGCCUUCUAGCCCUCCCAUGGGGUUACUGCAGCAGGAAUUCUUACCUGUGCUUCAGCCCAGCAUACAGACUGCUGACAGGCACCACACAGUCACUCGAGGCAUCACCAAAGGUGUGAAGGAGGACUUUCGCCUGGCCAUGGAGCGCCAGGUCUCACGCUGUGGUGAGAACCUGAUGGUGGUACUGCACCGCUUCUGCAUUAAUGAGAAGAUCUUGCUCCUGCAGACACUGACCUGAUAGAUCUUCCGGCCACCAGCGGCUCCACCAUGACAAGCGCUGCCAGACCGGGGCUGACGAAGAAGGACAACACCAAGUUCUAACUCCCUUAGUUGCUUAAAAGGCAAUCCCCAGAGUGUAGGAAUUAUUUCUAUUUUUAAGACCUCAGGUUUUUUAAUUUGUACAAAACAAAAGUCAAUCCAUUUUGUAAAUAAAAAUCCUAAAACUUUGAAGUUUAAAAAAAAAAACUUAUUUUUAGUUUCAAGUAGGGUACAUUUGUCUUCUAUUUUUCUAAUCAUAUGGCAAGGGGGCAAAAAUCCAACACAAUUGACUGCAGGAAUGAAUUUUUUGAUAUAUUUACAUAAUGGAAUAUGUCUUCCAUGGCCUCAGGUGUGUUUUUAUUGAUAUGCUUUGGUAAGUAUUAUACAUCAGGAUAACAUUUGACCUUUUGUUUUAUGCACAAUUGAACUUGAGCCUGUCCUGUCCCUGCUGAAAGUCCACUGCAGGCAUGGUACUCUAUAGUCUCUGGAAACCCAGGACAAGAAAUAGCGGUAACAGUAAAGUGCAGGGGACCCUCCUCUCUGCUGGGGUCUCUGGAAGUCAGUGUGGCUCAGUGCACUCUCCUGGGCCCUUGGAGCCAUACAGCACUGCUUGGCACCCCUGCCUUGCCCUGUAUUUGCUGUGUGAGCAAGGAUGCACAUGUGCAAACACAUACAGACAGACAGACAGACUGACACACACACACACAAAGGCAACUAGAGUUAGGUUUUCUAGGUGUUGCCACAGACUAGGUUGUUUUGAAGAUGUUUUCUAAAAUAAGGAACAGGCAUUCUUAUUUCUUCCAAAUAUCACUCUUGUGUCUGUUUUGAUCUUAACCUACUGAGGCAUAAAUUUUAGGUGUAAAGAAUUUUCUUGCUAAAUCAACUGUCAUGAUUGGAAUAGAGUUACUCAAAGGUCACUGUGUUCAAACUGGGCCUAACUUCACAUUAGUUUAGUGUGCCGUACAGUUAUGGUUAUUUCUAGACUGUCAGUAGGGGGUUCUAUUUUUUUUUUAUUUCAUUUAUUUCCUGUUGAGAAGUCUUUAUGGGCUCCAGCAAGUACCUUUAAAAUACAGUGCUAGAAAAUAUACAGUAAUCUGGAAGAAAAAUAAAGUAAUUUCGUG